UGCUUUAGUAAGCCGAAUUCCUUUUUAACACUCUUAAUCCUCGUGUCAAAUACUGAAAAGCUAUUGUUGUUUUUGUUGUCCCAAGGGCUUGUCAAAGGUUGAAACUGCUAGUCGGGCGAGGCUUAUUAAUUGUGAUCCGAAACCAAAGCGGAGAUGUUUCUGUGUGACUGUUCCUUUCCAAGCCCAUAAAUGUUGGAAGAAAUGAGCCAAGCUAAGCUUGUUGCCGUCAUUGGCGCUGGUGCAAGUGGGUUAGCUACAAUCAAGAGCCUGAAGGAAGAAGGUUUUUAUGUAGUGUGCUAUGAGAAGACUGAUGAUCUAGGAGGGCUAUGGAAGUACCGGGAAGAAGAAAUGGAAGGGGUGGCUUCAAUUAUGAAAAGCACAGUAGCAAAUGUCAGCAAGGAGCUUAUGGCGUUCAGCGACUUCCCGCCACCAAGGUCUUUCCCCAAUUUUAUGUCGCAUAAAUACGUUCUAAAAUAUCUCGAGAAAUAUGCGGAAGCUUACGACCUUCUGCGUCACAUAAAAUACAGACACGAAGUCACAAGAAUCUUGCCUACAGCUGAUAACUAUAGGACAGGACGCUGGGAAGUAACUAUCAAGGACAAUGCUAAAAACAGAAUUUUAGUUGAGGUUUUUGACGGCGUGGCUGUCUGUAUCGGACGCUAUGGCUUCCCAAAGAUACCUAGCUUCACUUCCUUGGAUACAUUCAAGGGCAAAGUCGUACAUACUCACAGCAUAAAGAGUGCAGAACCUUUCAAAGAUCAAACAGUUCUUGUAGUAGGAGCUGGAAAUUCUGGUGCUGAUGCAGCAGUUUAUUUAUCGUCAGUUGCAGAACAAGUAUAUUUAAGCUCAAGACAAGGGACAUGGGUUGUGCAGAGGCCUGGACCGAAGGGACUCCCUGCUGAUUUGAACUACAAUCGGCGUAUCGUUAACACAGCAUUCCGAAAACUUCCCCGUAGACUUGUAUUUUGGUACAUGGAAAAACAAGUGAACAAAAACUUUAAUCACAAUACUUAUCAACUGAAACCAGCGCACAGGUUCAUGACGAAGCGUCCAACUAUCAAUGACCAUCUGGGAAGCAAAGUUUUGAGCGGGGACAUCAUUCUGAAAGGUGCUGUCAAGCAUUUCACCGAGAAAGGCGUUGUUUUCCGAGGCGAAAAUGACGUCACAAACGUUGAUGUUGUAAUAAUGGCCACUGGUUAUCAGUUGAAAGUUCCUUUCUUAAAUGAUAUAAUAUUCCAAGUAAUAGGGGAUCAUGUUCCUUUAUUCAAACAUGUUUUUCCACCUCAUUUAAGUGUACCCUCCAUGGCCAUAAUUGGCAUGACUCAAGUAUUGGGUGGCUUUUUCCCGGUGUGUGAAAUGCAAGCUAGGUGGUUUGCAAAUGUUCUGAACAACAAGAUACCUUUUCCUGACAAGGGCGAUAUCAUCAAUGACAUUACCUUGAACACGGAAAAGGAAACGAAACUUCUCCAUUCCAGUGCAAGAAACUGCAUGCAAGUUUAUGCAAUUCCUUACAUGGAUGAGCUUGCAAAGCUCAUUGGUGCAAAACCAAACUUCAGAAAAAUGUUCUUGAGGGAUCCUAAAUUGUCAUGGGCUUGUGUGAUGGGUCCUUGCUUGCCCUACCAAUACAGGCUCGAAGGGCCUCAUGCUUGGUCUGGGGCCCGCGAUGCUAUUCUGAAUUACAAAGAGAGAGUACUGGCUCCACUGAGAACUCGGUAUGAAAGUCGCCAUCAAUUUGUCAAUGCGUGAUGGCUGUAAUGUAACUUUUUUUUAUUUUAAUGUUUUGUUUAUGCGGCUACAGCAAAGAGCAGAACAAAAGUCUGUUCCGGUUUUAGUGUAUUUUCCUAGUUUCCUAUGUGAUAUUUAUAUUCCAUUUAAAUCUAGUUUUGUGUACUGCAAAUUUGUUGUCGAAUAAAACUUAGCUGUAAAUAAUCUGGUGCAUGCAGACACGUUGUUAUAAUACGUAUGAACACGCUUUACGACAGGAGUUUGUAAUGUAUGUUGCACAAGGAAUCACGUACACAUCAAUGUUUGAAGAGAAAUAAUUGAAAAAUAAUCUUUUCCAUUUGUGAGAGCAUUGAUGUUAAUCAUGUUCAUUGAUAAAUCGAAACAAUUCUUCUAAAGGAAGGUUUAAGACAUGCAAGUAAUUUUUCUUGUGAAUAUUGCUGAUUUUUCUCUAUGUUAUGACUGUAUUAAUUUAUUUUGUAAUAUUACUAUUUUGGCAUAAAAAAUGGUUUUUAAUUUUGGAUUUUACAUUGAAUGUAUAUCAUAUUGGACCUUCGAAAUAUUUAUAUUGUAAAUGAUGCGCUUUAACACAUUUUAAUAUGUAUUAAAAUGUUUCAAUUCUACUGAAUUCCAUUUCAUUUUGUAAUUUAUAACAGUACUGGACUUGAAUAAAUUUUCACAGUUAAUUUCAUGAA